UGAUACAAUGUUGUUGUAGGAUCAUGCACUGUAUUUAAUGAGAGACCAUGUUCUUGCCACUUUUUGGAAAUACAAAAAUGCUCAAAAAUUAAAAUGAUGUGAAGCACCUAAUGGUUUUAACAUAUACUGUACUUCAGUGUAAAUGACGCAACAUUGCUUUAACUGUAACUGCAAGGAGAAAACACAAAAGAUUCUUUAACACAAAGGUGAACUCUUCAGAGCUCAGAAUAAAUGGAGAACAAAGAUCUGCCUCUCAUUGCAAAUGAGUUUCAGGAGAAUGGGUCAAUGUAUGAAGAAUCGCUUGAGUUUGACGGAAGGAAUCUCUCAAAGCUGAACCUUUGUGAAGAAAGACCAGCUGGAAAGCGAGGGACAGCAAGCGACUUUUGCAACCACUGGAAUUCAAUGGCAGGGAUGAAGUGUGCGAUAGUAGUCCUGUAUCUCCUUGUUUUCGUCAUUUGUAUUGGAAUUAUCAUUGUUGCAGGGCCUCCUGGGCCAAAAGGUGAAAAGGGUGAUGAUGGAUUGGAUGGACUUCCUGGACUCAGUGGUGUAGCUGGGAAAAGAGGUUUACCUGGUUUGACAGGAGCACCUGGAAUGCCAGGCCUCAAAGGAGAUCCAGGAGAACAUGGCUUACCUGGAUCUUCUGUCAAAGGACAAAAGGGAUCAUGGGGUCGUAGAGGUGAGAGAGGAAGAAAAGGAGAAAAGGGGGAGAAAGGUGAUCGAGGAGAAAUUGGACCUGUUAUAAGACUGGUGAAUGGAUCAGGACCUCAUGAAGGCAGAGUGGAGGUUUUCUAUGACCAGCUCUGGGGAACAGUGUGCGAUGAUAAAUGGGACAAGCAGGAUGCUGAUGUGGUCUGCAGGAUGCUCGGUUAUAAAGAAGCUUAUGAGAUUCAUGCAGCAAAUAAAUUUGGACAAGGCACUGGUCAUAUUUGGAUGGAUGACGUUUCUUGUACAGGAACUGAGGAGACAAUUCUUCAAUGCAAAUUCUCAGGAUGGGGAAAAACUAACUGCGGGCAUGCAGAGGAUGCAGGGAUAGUUUGCAAGAUUGACUGAUUUGGAAAGGGAAUCAUUGAUCAUUUAAACAGCAUUUUCAUUUUAAACGGUAUUUGUUUCUGCUUUCUUUUCUAUUGUUAAAAACCUUGUUAAAAAAAGUUUUCCAUAAUUUAAUCAUUUAUUUCACAACAUUUAUGAAAAGCAGUUAUAUUCAAGAAAUAUUAUGUGUGAAAAAGACAAGACCAUUAUUAUAAAUAUUGUUAUAUUGUUUGAUAAUCACAAUUCUUUGCACUGAAGAAUAUGGGCCUGAAUUUUGUUGUGCAUGUUGCUGGCGUGACUUUGAAAAGCAGCAAUAGAAGAAAAUGCUACUACUGUCAAUUGUUCCUUCCAUUAAGUUGGUGUUGAAUUACAAGAUGUUUGCUCGAAUGGUCUAGGGUGUAUUGGCAGUGCAAGAUGUUCAAACAAAGCUUGCAUUUGUUUUACAAAUAUUUAUUUUCCAAGAUGGCAUCUCAAAUAUUCCAUUUAUUAACGGGUUUGACAUAAGAAUUAUGUCCUCAUGCAGAGCUCAUUGCAGUUUUGUUUAAGGAUUAACCACUUUGAGUGAUGCAGUGCUGCAAUAUCCAAAUCCUGCAACAUAACUUACACCAAUGGAAUAAAGUGAAUUGUGUUGGUGGCUUCUCGCACAGCAUAUUUCUAACCAAGGCAUAUUAGAGCAUAGGAAAUAGGUUUGCAGAAUAAGCUAUUCAACCCCUCAAGAUGCUGCCACCAUUCAAUUAGAUCAUAGCUAAUCUGCACAGCAAUCACAAUUAUCUGCAUUUAGUCCAAGGGAUAGAUUUUACAGGGUGCCAAGGUAGAAGCCCAGGUGAAGAACAGCUGGCCCACAGCCAGAUUCAGUCAAUUAGCUUGUAAUAGACUGGCAAUGGAGCUUCCACUCAUCAGAGAUAAGACAUUCCACUCAAAGAGCUGCCAGCCAAUCAGAUGCCACCAGUCUUCCAGGACUAGCAGUGCCACCAAGUACAGUGGGCAUUGCCAGUACUUUACACAUGUGAUCAAGAAGCUUUCAGUGGUGGAUCAUUGGCUCUGGCAAUCGGGUGUGGGACUUGGAGUAUGAGAGACCAUGAAGGUACAGACAGUGGUAAUAUAUCAGGAGCCAUUCUGUGGACUCAAGGGACUUGUUAGAUGGGGCCCUUCCCCUGUCCACUCCCAACCUAUACAGGGAAGCCUAUGAGCUUAGGAUGGGGUAGCCUCUCUUGUUAUUUAUAAUCUCAUUACUUAAGGGUCUCAAUCAGCCCACUGGUUGCUAGCUGCCUAACACCUCUCCCUCCACGGGCAAAACUGCAGUAGGGGCAGGGAUAGGUGGGUAGGCAGCGGGCAGGCUGGCAAUCUUCACACAUACUGGUGGGACAAUGUAAAGUCCACAACUAUAUUUCUUUUUAUCGAAGAAAAAAAUACUGAUCUCUACCUUCGAAAGCUUAAUUGAUACAAGAUCCAGAGACUUACGGGAGAUUGCUAUUAGUUUCCUCAUGAAAUUCUUUCUGAUUAUAUUGAAGAAUUGUUUGACUUUAAUUUUAAGAUUGUACACUUUUGUUCUGGAUUCGUCCAUCAGUAAAAAUAGCUUGGAUUAAAAAUGGUAUCAGUCCCAUGUUCAGAUGCAGUGAUCAUGAUGCAUGAUUAUCCUGUGUCUGGACGAGUUGAAGCAGACUGUGCAUAAGCUCCCGAUGACUUAUUCACCUCAAUGAUUGUACUGUGCAGCCCAUCCAAAACAUGCUUCUGACUGACUGCAGCUCAUCAAGGAACUUAGGAAUGUGUGAUAGAAGCAACUCAUUCUCUUAAAGGAGGGGUGCAUUCACACUGCUGAAACUGGACCCGAAAGUGAUGGCGGGAAGAUAGAAAGCUUCAAAUGGAGCAACCUGAAGCUCUAUGUUCAUAUCAGGGAUUAGCCUAGUGAACCUUCACUGGACUAUCUCUAAUGACAGUUUAUUUUCCCUUAGAAAAGGGGUCUGAAAAUGUUCACAGUAUUUCAGCCAUAGUCUGACUAAUGCCUUGUAUAGUUUUAGCAAGACUGCCCUAUUUUUAUCCUCUAUUCCCUUUGAAAUAAAGGCCAACAUUCUCGCUGAAUGUAUAUACUAGGUUUUUGAGAUUUAUGCAUGAGGACUCACAAAUACCUAUGUUCUGUACCUUUUUGCAGUCUUUCUCCAUUUAAAAGAAAUAUUUAGCUCCUCUACUGUUCCUGCUAAAGUGCAAAACUUCAAGUUUUCCCACAUCAUGUUUCAUCCGCCAAAUUUUUGACCACAUGCUUAACCUGCACAUAUCUCUUUGUAGACUCUUUCUAUCAUCCUCAUCAUUUGUCUUCACACCUAUUUUUGUGUCACCCACAAAGUUGGCUAUUGUAUAUUCAUUUUCUUCAUUUAAGUCAUUAAUAUAUAUUGUAUAUAAUUGUGGCCCCAGUACUUAUCCCCAUGACACUCCUCUAGUUGCAUGUUGCCAUCCUGAAAAUGCCCACCUUCUUCUAAACCUCUGUCUUCUAUUACUUAGUCUGUCUGCCUAUCUAUCUAUGUUAAUAUACUACCUCCAGCACCACGGACUUUUGUUUUAUUAAGUCACCUAAAGCAUGGUGUCUUAUCAACCACCUUCUGAAAAUGCAAAUAUAAUACUUCCCCUUUAUUACCGCCUCAAAAAAUUCUAAUAAAUUUGUCAGGCCUAUUUCCUGCUGUCUCUGCUUAAUCAUACUAUGUGUUUCAAAAUGCUUUCCAUUUCAUCCUUAAUGGCAGAUUCUAGCAAAUUCCCGAUGACAGACAAUAAGCUAAUUUUUUAAGUUACAUUGGUAGUUUUCUAAUCUUCUGGAACCCAGAAUCCAAGGAUUCUUGGAAGAUUUCUACCACUGCAUCUACUAUCUCUAUAGCUACUUCCUUUUAAUAUUCAAGAAUGCAUCACAUCAGGUCCAGGGGACUUAUCGGUCUUUAGCCUCAUUAAUUUCCCUAGCCCCUUUUCACUUGUGAUAGGUAUUCUAUUUAUUUCCUCUCUUCCUUUUACCCCUUGAUUAUUUCAUAAUUUUGAAAUACUAACAGUAUCUGGUACUGUGAAGACUGAUGCAAUGUAUUUAUUCUAUUCCUCUGCCAUUUCCUGGUGCCCAUUAUUAUUUCCUAGUUUUGUUCAGUAAUUGUGGAGCAGGCAUGAAGGGGAAAAUGACCUGCUGCUGCAUCAAUUUUCUAUGUCGCCUUCUUGAAGAGCCUAUUAUAACUUUAGUCUCUCUCUUCCUUUUUAUAUGUGUAAAGAAGCUGUUGCUGUCCACCUUGAUAAUAUUUUCAAUUUGACCCUCGAAAUAUAACUUCUUCCUCUUUAUUAUUAUUUUAGUCAUCUUUUAUUGGUUUUUAAACCUUUCCCAGUCUUGUAUCUUACCACCAAUCCUUGAUGCAUUGCAUGGUUUUUUUUUCAAUUGGUGCUAACCUUAACUUUUCUAGUUAAAUAUAUGUUUGAGGUAUAGGGGUUUGGGAGGAAAGGGAUGAUGUUUCCACAGGGGACCAGAAGGACCUCAGGACAAAUCCCCUGUAGGAAGUGGGACCAGGUAGGCAGAAAGGUCAAUUUCUGGGGUCUGCCCAUUGGGUCUUAGUGCCCGGUGUACACUAAUGCUUAAUCUCUUUGUUCCUCCACAGUUCUUUUUCUUUAAUAUUAAUUCAUAUGAUAUAGGUGUUACUGACAAGUAUGUAAUAACAUAUUAUAUACCAUCAAUUGCACUGGAGAAGAUGGUGGUGUGCUGCCCACUUGUGGAAUAGGUAUUCCCACAGUAUUUUCAGUUAGGCAUCUGCAGGAUUUUGGUCUGAAAAUGAGGGAAGAACAACUUUCAUUUAUAUAGCACCUUUACAAUAAUUAAACAGCUUAAUGUGCUUUAUAUCAGAGAUAGUAGGAACUGCAGAUGCUGGAGAAUCCGAGACAACAAGGUGCAGGGCUGGAU